AUGUCCCAUCUAUUUAAUGUUCAACAUCCUCAUCUGGUUAAUAAAUCAUCAUCAUCAUCAUCAAAUUCUAAUACUCCUAUGUCAGAACAUAUAAAACGUCCAAUGAAUGCUUUUAUGGUAUGGUCUCGUGGACAACGUCGUAAAAUGGCUCAAGAAAAUCCUAAAAUGCAUAAUAGUGAAAUAAGUCGUCGUUUAGGUAUUGAUUGGAAAUUAUUAAACGAUGAACAAAAACGACCAUUUAUUGACGAAGCUAAACGUUUACGUGCAUUACAUAUGAAAGAACAUCCAGAUUAUAAAUAUCGUCCUCGUCGUAAACCGAAAUCUUUAAUAAAAAAAGAUCGUUUUCCAUUUCCAUUUCCGACAUUUCCUCAUCCUCAAUCUCAUCAUCAUCAUCAUCAUCACCAUUCUCUAACGACGAAAGAUUCAAUGGAUUUAUCAACACAUUCAACAACUGAUACAAUAUCUAUACAACAACAAAUUAAUGACUCAUUCGCAUUGAAUCUUGAAAAAUGUCGUUCAUUAUUACCACCACCACCACCACCAACAUCUCUUUAUCCAUAUUCAACUGGAAAAUUAAGUGAAUUUUCAACAGCAGCACUUGCUUAUAAUCCACUUGCAUAUGCUGCAGCUUUUUCAACACAUUAUCCUUAUAGUAGUAUGUUAUCAGCUAGUUUAGCUGCAGCUGCUGCAGCAACAUCAUCAUCAUCACCACCGAGUGUAUCAUCACCAUCAUCAUCAUCAGCAUCAUCAAAUAAUUCAGCAAAUCCUUAUCAUUUUGGUAUGCAAACAGAAAAAAUUCAUCGACCACAAGCUAUUUUACCUGGUAAAAUACAAUAA